AAAAAAUAUAUUAUAGGUGUGGAUAAUAAGAAUUAUAUAUGGACACAUAUUCCUUGAAAAAUUGUGUCAAAUUUAAAAACUGUGACGUGUUCGACAAUUGAAUGUCAAAAUACAAAAUUUUACAUUUUCUCAUAAUUCAUUCUGCAGUCGUUUCGUUCUGACUUAAGGCGAUUUCCUUUAAAGAUGGAUAUAGAUAAUCAACAAAUCCAAACUAAUAUUGUGUCUAUCAUUCAACGUGGUCAUGAGAUUAAUUCACGUGCAACAAAUGUGAGUGCAUCAGAAGAAAUAAUUCCAAAAGCACCUGAUAAUGGAACUGCAGUGUUGACUUCUACAGUCAUAGUUCCACAAAAUAACCAAAUCCAAUUCUCGACUGAGAAAGAUUGUGUCAUUUUAGAUGCUGGUGCUGUUAAUUCAGACAGAGCCACUGAACAUGCACUGGAAGAAUUAACUCCAGAAGUGCUUAGUGAUCAAACUGAAGUGUUAAAUUUUGAAAUCCCGAUCCAAAAACAUGACCAAAACCAAUACUCAACUGAGAAGGAUUGUGUCCUUUUAGAUGCUGGAGAAGUCGAUUUACACGGAGCCACUGAACAUGCACUGAAAGAAAUAGCUCCAGAAGUACUUGGUGAUCAAACUGAAGUGUUAAAUUUUGAAAUCCCGAUCCAAAAACAUGACCAAAACCAAUACUCAACUGAGAAGGAUUGUGUCCUUUUAGAUGCUGGAGAAGUCGAUUUACACGGAGCCACUGAACAUGCACUGAAAGAAAUAGCUCCAGAAGUACUUGGUGAUCAAACUGAAGUGUUGAAUUUUGAAAUCCCGAUCCAAAAACAUGACCAAAACCAAUACUACACUGAGAAGGAUUGUGUCAUUUUAGAUGCUGGAGAAGUCGAUUUAUACGGAGCCACUGAACAUGCACUGAAAGAAAUAUCUCCAGAAGUACUUGGUGAUCAAACUGAAGUGUUAAAUUUUGAAAUCCCGAUCCAAAAACAUGACCAAAACCAAUACUCAACUGAGAAGGAUUGUGUCAUUUUAGAUGCUGGAGAAGUUGAUCUACACGGAUCCACUGAACAUGCACUGAAAGUGUGGAGUGAGAGGGAUAAUUCCAUUCUACAAUCUGGUGAAGCCCAGACCCAAAUUAAUAACGAAAAGCCAUACGCCACUGUUGAAGUCAAUGCCUUUCCACAAGUUAGUGCGAAUAAUCCAUUUGCAGCAUGUGAGAUUGCAUGGCAAAAAAUAGUUCAAGAAGCACUUUCUGAUGAAAAUGAAGUACCGGACAAUGAAAAUGAACUAUACGGGAACAUUGAAGUCUGUACAAUUCCUCAAGCUGUUGAAGUUAAUCUACAUUCUGCAAACAUGUGUGUAAAGGAAGAUAUGGUCCAAGAAGCAUCUGUAAAUCACAAUGAAAUCUUAACUACUGCAGAUCAACCCAAAAGUGAAGACCAAAAGCAAUAUUGGACUGGAAAAGACAAUGCCAUUGCACAGGUUAGUGCGAUUAAACCACUUGCAGUCCGUAAGGAUUUAUGGCCAGCAAUAGCUCAAGAAGCAGUUGUUGAAGACGAAAAUGAAGAAUUGACCACCACAUCCAAAGUUCAAAAUAAUAUUUCAAACCAAAACGGACUAAUUACAAGAAACGCUAUUCCACAGGCCGGUACAUCAGACACAUUUAUUGCAGACAGUCAUGCAAGGGAGGAAACAUCCAUUUAUCAUAAUAUGCAAAGCAGCGUUGGUACAUUUAUUAUUCCUGAACCUCGUCCACGAAUUUGGACUCGUAGGGAUACUCCAGUUAAGAUUUGCAAUAAUCGUACAGCAAAAAAACCUAGAAAGAAUUAAAAAAAUAUUUUUAUUAUGUUUAUGUGCGGCAAGCCCUACAACUCUCGACUUUAGUGGGAUCUUUUGCGAACAUCUUAAUUCCUAAAGCAUCGAUCGAUGUAUAUAUGAUAUUCUAAGUACAACUUGGAUGUAACAUUCUGAAACACCAGAUCACAUUAAUAAGAUGCAAAAUAAUACACAACUAUAUUGAUAGGGAAGGCCGAACAUUUUUUAUAUUAAUUUUAAUUUUUAUUAUUUGCGUUUCAA